AUGACCAGCCCGCGUGACAACAGUGUCGGGGAUCGGAAGGCAUCAUCUCUGCCAACCACUGUCCCUCCGGCGUGGUCUCUGACCUCGCCCUCCCAAGCUCCCCCUUUCUCCCAGCCUGUCUCUUCAGCAACCCAAAGCACCCGUAUUCUGACACCCUCCUCAGGGGCAGCGUCCGACGGACUAAGCCUUUCCCCAGGCGUAAACAGCACCAGCUCGCAGUCUUCACAGCCUGGUGGCUCGUCCUUGUUUUAUAGUAAUCUGCCGUGGACGACGCCAGCAAGCUCAGCUCAGCAACAGCACACGGGGGCCUACACGUACCAAAACAGCAGCAGCAACAACAGCGGGCCCUAUGGCUCCCAACGCCUCUUCUCCGGUUCCCCCAUGCAGCCGCACUUUUCCGCCCGCUCUUCCACCUCAACCGCGAACGGGGACAGCCUUCCUGCCCCUCCAUCCUACCAGGACCAGCCGCCCUUCCCGACCCAAAUUGGUUCUGGAGGCGGCGGCGGUGGCCGUGGCGGUGGCGGCGGAGGAGGCAGUCUAGGGUCCUCGCUACCAACUCAGCCGGGAUCUCAACAGUCGGUUCUUGCCCAACCUGCCAUCGGUGCGCAAAAUUCGACGAGCACACAGCCGCAAACGUCAGGCCAGACGGCGUCUGGAGUCCCCCCUCAGGAUGGGGGAAGUUCCAUGGCCCCUCCAAUCGGGUAUGGGGGGGCUCGGGGCCACCCCAUGCAGCCAGGGGCUUCGUACGCAACAUAUGGUCAGAUACAAGCACCCGUCCUCAGCAACGUGCACCACCCUGGAGCUCCGCUCUCCGUGGUUGGCGGGAUGGGCAUGCAAGGUUAUGGCCAUCAUCAUCAUCCGGGUCUGCCUCAACACCACAUGUAUGUUCCCCAUAGCAGCGGCGGACCAACAAGCCAGGAGCGCCCCUUCAAAUGCGACCAGUGUCCGCAGAGUUUCAACCGAAACCACGACCUGAAGAGGCACAAGAGGAUACAUCUGGCCGUCAAGCCGUUUCCGUGCGAUCACUGCGAGAAGAGCUUUUCUCGGAAGGAUGCCCUGAAGCGUCACAAGCUUGUCAAGGGCUGCGGCGGCAAAGACUCGCGCGAAUCACGAGACGGUACAUCAGGGGGAAACGAUGCCUCACCCAUUGAUAGGAGUGACGCAGUAAGCGACGAUAACGAGAGCGGCAGCCCCGACAUUAAAAAGGAGUGA